AUGAAAAUUGGUGAUCAUAUAUUAGUUGAUGGAAAAUGUUCAGCAGUAAUUCGUUAUAUUGGUUCAGUUGAUGGUCAUCCAGGGAAAUCGAUUGAUAUUCAAUGAUAUCCAUUAAAUGAAUUUAAUCAUAUAAAACAAUUAGUUGUUAUUGAUACAGAUAAUGAUUGUAAUAUAUUUGAAAAUUUAAUUAAUAUUCAUUUUGAUUUAAAUCGUUUAAGAUUAAUAUCGGAAAAAUUUCUUAAUUAA